UUUACUUCUAAAGAGAUAAUUAAAGCAUUAAAAAUGUUGUACCUCGAAGAUUAUUUGGAAAUGAUUGAGCAUCUACCGAACGAGCUUCGAGAUCGGUUUACGGAGAUGCGAGAAAUAGAUCUGGGAGUAGAGAAUACCGUUGAUAAUCUGGAAGCUAGACAAAAAACGUUUUUCCAGUCUGCAAGUCGCCUUCCUGCUCAACAGAGGGAGGAGGAAUAUAAUAAGAUAAAGAAGGAUUAUAACAAGGUGAUUGAUGAGUCGAAUGAGAAGCUUCAUAUUGCCGAGGAUUGUUACGGUCUGGUUGAUCGAUAUCUACGGAAGCUGGAUCAAGAAUUGCACAAGUUCCAGCUGGAACUGGAGGCAGAUAACAGAGGUAUAACGGAGGUUCUGGAGAAGAGAAGUUUGGAGCUAGAUGCUCCCUCAACCAGGCCGUCCAUGUUUAUGAAGGAGAAUAGGGUUCCUAAACGGCCGAAGCAUACAACUAUAGCGCACUCCGUGGAUAAAUUCCCUCGUAGAGAAGAUACUCUGGUAUCACAACCCUCCACAUUCCCUCUAGAUUUUGUUUCAGAGCAAAUGGGAGCUGGAAGCUCUGCUAUUGCAGCAGCUGCGAGCCAAGCUCUAGCUGCUACUCACUACAAUGUUCCUGGGCGAAGGAGCAGCAGUUUAAAAGCUUCCUUUGAAGCAAUUAGUCAGGGGAUAGCUACCAGUCAGCUUAGUAUAGGACAGGAGUUGGCCUCCGCUGCAACCUCCGCGCUUGCUGCAACAUCCUCCGACAUAUCCUCAACUAAGAAACAGAAAAUCAAACAGAAGUCAACUGGAUUGAACUGUAUGCCCCUUGAUGUUGUUGGAGGUUCCCUCCUGGAAGAUGUUGACCCUCCUGGGCUAGUAGUUGACCCCAACAAUCUGUCCGCUAACCUGAGUCUAGCCUCGCCCUCCCCCAGUAUGACCCCUGUGACCCCCAGCGGUAGCCAGGGGUCAGAUCAGGAGUGGAAUUAUGAUCCAAACGAACCUAGAUAUUGUGUUUGUAAUCAGGUAUCCUAUGGAGAUAUGGUUGCGUGUGAUAAUGAGGAUUGUCCGUAUGAAUGGUUUCACUAUCCCUGUGUAGGGAUUACUGCUCCACCGAAGGGUAAAUGGUACUGCGCCCCCUGUACUGCAAGUAUGAAACGACGUGGAAGGAAAAUUUAAAACAUUUAAAAAAUUGUAAUAAAUAAAAAUUAGUUGUAUUGUAAUUAUUGCCAACUUUUUAUAAUUUUUAUCCAAAUUCUAGCUGAAUCAUGUUGAUUUCAUCUAUAUUUAGUUGUAAUAAAAAAGUAUGAAAUAUCCCAAAAGCUUGAUUUUGAAAAUGGCGACGGUUUGUUUUUAUGUUGAGUGUUUUCAGA